UCUGAUAAGGAUAUUUAAAUACAGAUUCACACCCGGAGAACACGGAGCGGAUUAUAAUCUCUUAAAAAAAAAAAAAAAACACAUUCUGCUCUUUAACAGCCAUCGGCGGACGGCGGACGGCGGCUACACCGUGUAGGAGGAGCCAGCGGCGUGUUUCCGCUACACCAGGCCGAGAGAGUUAAUCUAUGCUGCCGUACUGAGAAUUACAGGAUAUUGGUGGAACAGUUCGCAGCUAUUGCGAGACACUGUUAGAGUACAAAUUGUUUAAUCACCGGGGAGCUGCGGUUGUCCAUAUCUGGGGAAAAAGAAGAGGAAGGAGUGGCAGCUGGACUGUCAGCAAUGGAAGCCGAGUUUCGGGAAAUCGAUGACAACGGGAGUUGGAGCGCCAUUUAUCAGGAGAUUCGUCAGCAGUCAUGUGAACUCCCUUGCAAGGUUGCCAAAUUACCUGAAAACAAGAAUCGGAAUCGUUACAGAGAUGUUAGCCCAUUUGAUCACAGCAGAAUAUAUCUGCAGCUGGGUACGAAUGACUACAUUAAUGCCAGCCUGAUAACAGUAGAAGAGGCAAAGAGGAACUACAUCCUCACUCAGGGACCCCUUCCAAAUACAUGUGGCAACUUCUGGGAGAUGGUGUGGGAGCAGAGGUCCCGCGGUGUGGUGAUGCUGAACCGAGUCAUAGAGAAAGGAUCUGUGAAAUGUGCCCAAUAUUGGCCCCACAGAGAGGAGAGAGAUGCUAUCUUUGAAGAUACCAAUUUCAAGCUCACCCUCAUCUCAGAGGACAUCAAAUCUUACUACACAGUCCGUCAGCUGGAGUUGGAAAAUCUGUCUACUCAAGAGACGCGUGAGAUUUUACAUUUUCACUACACCACUUGGCCUGACUUUGGGGUACCGGAGUCUCCUGCCUCCUUCCUUAACUUCCUGUUCAAGGUGCGGGAGUCGGGUUGUCUGAAUUCAGACCAGGGACCAGUGGUGGUGCACUGCAGCGCCGGCAUCGGACGCUCUGGGACCUUUUGUCUUGUGGACACCUGCCUCUUACUGAUGUCCAUCCGUAAGGACCCGUCUUCAGUGAGUAUUCGUGAUGUGCUGCUGGAGAUGCGACGCUAUCGAAUGGGCUUGAUUCAGACCGCAGAUCAACUUCGCUUCUCCUACCUUGCGGUCAUUGAAGGUGCAAAGUACAUCAAGGGAGAUGCAUCUCUGCAGGAGUGGAAAGAGCUCUCAAACGAGGAAGAUGAUCCUCCAGAGUUCACCCCUCCGCCUCCUCUUCCUCCUCCCAGAGACCCCCACAACUGCAAAGUUGAGCCAUCCUUUUUCCCCGAAAAUGUUAAGAUCAUUCAACAGAUGGAGAUCCACAGUCUGGGGACCUCACAAGAGUCGGCGCUGCGAAAGAGGAACAUUGCCGCCCCCCAGCCUCCUCCUGCCGGUGCUGAGCAGCUCGAUGACCACAUGGGUAUCGUAGAUCAUACCUCCAAAGCUCCAACCAAAUCCCAGCAGCAGGAGACGGAGGAGGCAGCGGAGAAGCCAAAGGAAAGCCCUCCUGUGCCGGGGACUUGGUCCCCUCUACUAACCAACGUGUGCCUGUGCACGGCGCUGGCUCUCAGUGCUUACGUCUGUUAUCGAGCCUGUUUCCACUGAUGUCUGUCCUUCCUCCUCCUUUCUGUUCCUCCCUGUCUCUCCACUGAUGUUGCAAAGUGGACUAGGCUUGCCAAUCAGCCUGCUUUGACUUUGGUUUUACUCUGCGAGUGAGUGGAUUAUUUGGACUUCAGCAGAUUCAGGUUCACCAGGGGUUGAGGUGUUGAGGGGUUGGCUGGUUGGGAAUAACAAGCUUCCAAUCCUCAUUACCCACCCAACCAUUCUUUCAAUAUGUCACCAUGGAUGCUCAGGGCCUCCGUUUUUCAGGUUUGACAUCCCAAAUAUGUGUGCCGACUGAAACGCAGACUCAACAGACGAUACGUGUCUGUUGAGGAAAAGGGUUUUGUUUUAGCUCCCCUGUUUUGUGAACCAGGAUGAAUGGCCUGUCAGCCAAUAUUUUACACGCGUCUCCUCUCUUAUUUACUAAAUGACACUUGUAUGCGUUCUUCCAUUUCAUCCUUUACAGAUAUGUCCGUUAGGAUUUCACCUUUUUCCCCCCCACCUUUUUCUUUCUUUUCCUGACACAAAUUAUCAGAAAUCAAAGAGUCAGAUUUUUGACCAAAAAAAAUAAAUAAAAAAAUGCCAGUAUGGGAGACACUUAAAAUAAAUCAAGUGUUAUUUUGUUAUGGGUCCAUAUUAAACCCAACAGUAAGGUGAAGUAUGGGUUAUGGGCAGCCCUGUGCCCACUAGAUAAGAGAUGCAUGCUGGUGUGGGCAUUGAAUUAUCUGUCCUCACUGGCGGCCUGUGUAGGUCUGCAGGAGGCAUGCUAGUUGAGUACAUACAGUAUGUGUGUGUGUGUGUGUGUGUGUGUGUUUGUACAUGUACAUUUGCGUGAGUGGUAGUUAGUGGAGCUUUCUACUGAUGCUUGAGUUAAAUCUACUCAGUGAGAAAUAUUAAUAUAACAUUUACAGUACGUCAAAUAUGAGAUUUAGACUGAGUUGCCUCCUGGUAAUUGAUUCCCUCUGCGUUUUCUCUCCCUGGUGGCUCAACAGUGACAAAAUGGUGCAGGGACAGGGUGGCAUGUCCCAUUCUCCAUUAGCCUGGCAUUCUCAAAUUGAUAUUAGCUAAAUCUUUUUUUUCAAUAAUUUUAAUCAAGUUAUAACACCUGGCUUUUACUUUUAACUGUUUUGGAGAACCUCUUUUUAGUCACAGUGGAUACAAAUGCGUGGAGGCUUUUCAUGCCAAAUGUGUAACAUAGCCUGAAUGCAACUGUUGUAUAGUAAUGUGGGUUCAGUUACACACAAGAAUGCCAGCUUAUUGAGACACAAAGUUAGCUAACCCCCAACUCUUUUCGCGAGCAAUACAAAUACUUAGUAAUGUGUCACCCUUUACUUUAUCAAACUCUUGAGUUUGAACAGGGAACCAGGGAUUUUGAACAAACCAAAAAUCAAACACCAGCACAGCGAUGAAAACAAUACACUGUAGUGAUGAUCCGUUUCCGUAUCAUGGCGUGGCCCUGAGCUGGCAAUAUUGUUUUGUAUGAUUUUUAAGUAAGUUUUUGUUUUUAGCAUGCU